AUGUCCCAGCGAAUCCACCUCAACCCCAACGUCCCCCGCCAACAACCAACCUUCCAGGGCAUGGGCCCCUCUGUCGGCGGCCCCGGCUCAGGCUUCGGCGGCUACACUCCAGACCCCAUGCCGCACGCGGGUGCUGGUCAGGUCAACUUCAGCGACAACGAGUUUGUGGCAAAUGUGCAGAAGUGGAGUAGUAAGGUGGAGGACGCUAUUGAGGUAUACACUCAGCCUAUCCGGCCUUAUGUCCCUGCUAUGGCUCGUUUCCUUAUUGUUGUGACUUUCCUCGAAGACGCGCUUAGGAUCCUCACGCAAUGGGGUGACCAGCUUUGGUAUCUGCAAAAACACCGAUACCUUCCCUGGGGUAUCUCUCACCUCUUCCUCCUCAUCAACGUCGUUGCUAUGCUCGGUGGCUCUUUCGGAGUCAUCGCCAAGCGAUACCCCGACUACUCUGUCUUCAUCCUUCUUGGUGUCGUUGUCGCCCAAGGUCUCGGCUACGGUCUUCUCUUUGACCUUUCCUUCUUUUUGCGCAACUUGAGUGUGAUCGGUGGUCUGUUGAUGGUGCUUUCGGACUCGCUGGCAAACAAGAAGAAGAUCUUUGCAGGACUGCCUACUUUGAGCGAGACUGACAGGAGAAAGUACUUCCAACUCGCCGGCCGUAUCCUCCUCAUCUUCCUCUUCAUCGGUUUCAUUUUCCAAGGCAACUGGUCUCUUGCCCGAGUCAUCGUCUCAAUCGUCGGCCUCGGUGCUUGUAUCAUGGUUGCCGUCGGCUUCAAGGCCAAGUGGAGUGCGAGCUUCUUGGUCGCGCUUUUGAGCAUCUUCAACGUCUUCAUCAACAACUGGUGGAGCGUGCACUCUGCUCACCCGCAGAGGGACUUCUUGAAGUACGACUUCUUCCAGACAUUGUCCAUCGUUGGCGGACUUUUGUUGCUCGUCAACAUUGGUCCAGGUGGCUUCUCGGUUGACGAGAAGAAGAAGGUGUACUAG